AUGCUAGUUACUAUAGGCAGCAUUAAACGUAAAACAGUAAAGCAAACUUCACUGGUCGCUGCAGGUAAUCUAGAUUUACGUGAAAAACUGGGAGAUUCAGUUAAUAACAGAUUAGGCAAUCAUGUGCCGCAAUCGAAUCAGUUGGAUGGAAGACUAUCCAACGGGGCUCCUGGUGGUAGUUCAACGGCUCUGAACAAUCGCGAUCCCGUAUUGGUAUGGAAAUCCAAGGUAACAGAACUCGCGUACCGUUGCCGCGUCGAACGGGCCCUUUUGGACGGAAGCCGGAAAGCAGUCCGCGCACUUUUGGACGGUCAGUCACACGUGGAUAAAAGCAUGAAAAACAAGGCGUUACAAAAUGCACGAGAGUCUCUACACAAACUUCACCUCUUCCAAAUGGGUUUACGAAAUCUGAUUGACGCACCACCUUCUACGUCCGACGAAUGUAGCGCCAUUCGGAACGAUUCGGAGUUACCCACCUUACUCGCCUCACCUUGGGCUGUGGCUCAUACAUCUCGAACCCGCGGCUCCUUACCGAACCCAACAGCACCGACCGCCGUGACCGGUAGUUUAGAGGUCCGCUGUUUCGGCUGUCAUGACCUGUUGGACACUUUUCCGUCAGAGUUGGUGCACAAUGAGCUCACUGGCUGUGCCUCUGGAAUGAACAGUCAUCAAGCCAAGGAGCUCACUUCACAGUAUUCUGAUGGACAUUGGUCUGACGUUCGUUGCUGUUUGCUUUUGGAUCAUAAAUUGGUGUGGGAGUCUAACUGGCGCCCUCCUGGUCCACAGUGUUGGGAUUCCCAUACCACGUUCAAUGUUGAUCGAGCCAAAGAAUUGCAGGUGCAAGUGUUUUGGAAACGCAUGUUUUCACCCACUGGUUCACCAGGUCAAGGCAGUACUGGUCACUUGGGCACGUCCUCCUCUUCUGGCAGUUUGGGAAAGAACUCCUCAGAUGACACAACUUCUGGUCUGGAGUGGGUCUUAGGUGCUGUGACGUGA